AAGGAAGAGGAGCGAACAAUAAUUAACAAUACCACGUUACUUUCGUCCAAAUUCUAUUAAUUAGAUUAAAGUAGAUCUUUGAAUACAGUUAAGUUUCUCUUAUAACGAUUCUCUAGAAGUAAUAAAUAAUAAAUGUGUACGUAAAUUAUGAAAGAAAUUAAAACAAAAAGAAAUGGAAAAAGAGAAAAAAGGAAGAAAUUAAUGGAGACGAACUAUUCCGUCUUGAAGAGUCUUAUAAAAAACACAAAAAGAAGAUGAAACAAGAGAAGGAGGAAAUAAGUUUGUUAAUAUUUUAAAUAUAUUUUUGCCUUUGAAAAGAGAGGUAGUUCAUAUAUACAUACAUGUAUAUUUUGCCUGCUUUGCCUGCUGAUAGAUAAAAAUUACACUUGAAAAAAUUGCGGUAGUUUUGUGCAUUUUGUGUGUGUGUGUGUGUAAGUACUUAUGUAUGUAUAUACACACAAUAUGCAUAUACGUACACGUUGUUUAUAUGAUAUUGCUAAAAAAAAAAGAAAAAAAGAAGAAAGAGAUCAACAAACACGACAUCUACAUUUUGCCUGCUUUGCUUGCUAAUAGAUGAAAAUUACACUUGAAAAAAUUGCGAUAGUUUUGUGCAUUUUGUGUGUGUGUGUGUGUGUGUGUGUGUGUGUGUGUGUGUGUGUGUGUGUGUAAGUACUUAUGUAUGUAUAUACACAAUAUGCGUAUACGUACACGUUGUUUAGAUGAUAUUGCUAAAAAAAAAGGAAAAAAGAAGAAAGAGAUAAACAAACACGACACGUGUGCUAACAUUGCUUUAUCUUUAAAGUAUCAUCAUUAUACUUUUUUAUACUUACAUACAUAUGUAUGUAUAUAUAAUGUCCGUCAUUUACACGUCAAUGUUCCUCUAUUUUAUAUAGUUUUUAACACUCCUUCGAUGAACUCUUCCAUCGAACGCGAGAAUAAUAUGGCGAAGUAUUGAAAGGGGGGAGGGAGAGGAAGCAAGAAAAAAGUAAUAUAGAAAACACAAAACAAAGAGAAGGAUCUUACAGAAAAAAGAAAGAAGAAAAGUUCAUCGAAUGGAUAUAAACAAAUCUUACAAAAAUUUUAUCGAUUUCUCAAAAUUUCGCAUGUUUUACUAUUUUUUAUCUCAUUCUCUCUCUAUCUAUUUCUCUUUCCCUCUUUCUCUCUCUCUCUCUCUUUUUAUCUUUUUAUUAAUUUUUUUUUUCUCGCUUUAUAAAAGCACAUUUUUAUAAUAAUCCUCGUAAUCUCGUUCGUACAUUAAUCAAUCAAUUGCGCCCUUCCUAUACGAAUUUAAUAAUUCAUACAUACAUACAUACAUACAUUCAUACACACACACACACACACACCAUUACUCUCUAGACACAAAGUUGAUACCUACGACAUAUAUAUAUUUAUUCACAUACAUAUAUCGAAUAUUAAAAGAAUUUUCUUAUUUUUCUCUCUUCCACCUUACCUUUCUCCAUCUCUCUCUCUUUCUCUCCCUCUCUCUUCCAUCUCACCUUUUGCCCUCUCUCUCACUCUCUCUCUCUCAUUUAUGUCCGCGUGAAGAUAACUAUUCCCUUCUUCAUUGUCAUUGUUUAUGAAAUAAUAAAAAUACUCUUUAUUAUCAUGAAAACCGAAUCGGGUGUAUUCAUUAUUCUUCUUAAUGACAGAAUCGUUUGAUUGAUUCACUUAACGAUUUAUUUUUAAAAGAGCUAUAUAUGCCGAAUGACAUGGGUUCCUUCAAUAAUUUUGACGAGUUUUUUUUUCGUCAUCCUAUAUUCACUUUCUCUCUCUCCCUCUCUUACACACAUACACACUUUUCUUUUUCAUAUUUUGUGUACAUUUAUUUAUUUAUUUAUUUAUUUUUUUAUUAAUACUUAAAAUAGUAAAGAAGCUAUUACUAAAAAUAAAAAAAAAACAAUUUCAUCUGCUUGAAUUUAUUCUGUUCACCAUUAUGAAUAUAUCUGUUCACAUGGAUGAAGCUCGACAGAUAUAAAGAAAAAUUUUUUAUUGUUCUAUUAGAAAAAACGAACGAUUUUCUUAAAACAAAAACCCAUUUCGUCCUUCUCGAGAGGGUAUCACAUGAUACAUUCAAUGUUGAUAUUAUGUUUCGAGUUCGUCGAUCAAUAAUUUUUAAACGUAGUAUUAAUAUUGUUCGCAAUGCAGAGAAAAAUUCGAAUCAAGUCUUGCGAUCAUAUAUGUCAUGCUUCUCUUUCUCCUUUUAUUUUUUUUUCUUUUCUCUUUAAUUUUUUUAUUUUCUUAUUUUUUCCUCUCCUAUUCUCUUUAUAUCUAAAUUAUAUAUUGAUUUAAAAAUAAGCUAGAAAUUUAAUUGCUCCCUAUCAAGUUUACACGACAUGAGUAUUAUUCGUUAUCCUUUAUUUCAAUCAAAUGUACACACACAUACUAUACGUAUAAAUAAUUAUUUGGUUGCUUUCCUGUCUUUUUUUAUUAUCUCUCUCUCUCUCUCUCUCUCUCUCUCUCUCUCUCUCUCUCUCUCUCUCUCUCUCUCUCUGUCACUUUGUUUUUCUCUUAUUCUUUUUCAUUCUUUUUUCUCUCUUUCUCCCUCUCUCUUUCUCUCCUAUUCUCUCUCUUUCUCUCUCUUACUCUCAUUUCGACUUUGCGCAUAUUUUUGUAUCAUAACAUAUUCGAGAACGUUACGACGAUUGUCGAUAAAUUCGAUCUUCGACUAUCGAUCGCACAUCGGCCAAUUAACGUGAAAGAAUACGUUCAAUUCAACCGAUAUAGCAAAUAUAAGAAAUAUUGCGUACAUUACAAGACAAACGGCGCCAACUUUUUUGUUCAGCUUAAAUUUGUAAAAAGCUGUGACCGAGUAGAAGCAUAUAACGCAAAUGAUUAUUGAUAAGACACUAUAAGAGAGAGCACCGGAUACGAUUUCGACGUCUUUGCCCGACAUUAAAGUUUUUAUCAGCCAUGGUAGACCCAAACACAGAAGAAUAUCAAGAGUAUUAGCACCCAACGUGUUGCUCAUUGCCAUGUCACCAUUACCUUGAAAGUAUAAAAAAGAAAAAGAAAGACAAAAAAGAUUAAAACGGAGAAGAUAGUGACCGAACGAUUGAGAAUUUGAUUGUUAACAUUUAUUAUGAUUUAUUGAGCAAGAUAAUAAUGCGAGUGAGAUAAAAAUAAAAAAAAUAUAGAGAUAACAAAGAGUAAAAAAAAAGAGAAAAAAAAAAGAAAAUUUAAUCGUCCUUGUUACUUACCUUGUCUGGAAAGGAUAACGAUCGAAACAAGCUCGGGCAUGUUACCACCAGCCGAUAGAAACGUUAUACCCAUAACGGAAUCAGGGAUUCCCAUGGUGUCCCCGACGACUGUCAUCAUCCAAGAUACCAUAUAAGAUGAUACUACGAUCCACAUGGUACAAAUGAAAAAAGUUAAAAGGUACCACGAACGAAAUCUUUUAUAUCUGGUGUCUGGUAUGGUGACAAAUAGGGAGAUCCUUAAAGGCCAGGUAAAGUAAAACCAUAACUUCAUUAGUGAAUUACCUUUCGGUAAAACGAACGGCGUAUCUGAAAAAAGAAAUAUUGAAAGGAAAUAGAUAAGAUGACAAAAAAAUUUGAAAGAAUUACAAUUAAACAUCAUUGUCCUAAACCUACCUGGUUCAACAUAAUCGACCAAUUCCUCGUUAUUCUCCAGUGGUUCCUCGAAAUUCUUAUUAGUCGAUUUAAUUUCGGCCAUCUUCGUGAUGCUCUUUUUCCUGUAUUCGGCAAUUAGUUCACCGUGAACAUAUGGCUUGUACAUACCGUGCACCAUAGGAUCGGUCGUCGGCUUUGAAGUCACUAACAAUAAGAAAAUUAAUUAUGCCACAUGGAAUUUUCUUAUUUAUUUUCCGUCAUGUUUCCGAUAAUAGAUAGACGAGAAGAAAUUCAACAACAACAACAACAACAACAACAACAACAACAAUAACAACAACAACAACAACAACAACAACAACAACAACAACAACAACAACAACGACAACACCAACAACAACAACAACAACAACAAUAAUAAUAAUAAUAAUAAUAAAGAAUAAAGAGAGAGAGAUAGAGAUAGAGAUAGAGAGAGAUAAAAUCAAUGCAAGUAUGAAACUUACCACUUUCUUCCGAAAAUUCGGUACCGUUCCAACAAAGAUGUUUGAUCUUCUUAUACCAACGUGUGAUCCCUUCGCCACUGAACAGAAGGACCAAAUAACCAACGAACAAUACCAUGAAGAUUGUUGCUUCGUACCAGGUGAUCAGGCCGUCCCACAUAACCAAUACCAACGAACCAACGGAUAUCACGUAGAUUAUGCAAUCGCGCGACAGUAUUUGCCAUUCUAGCUGUAUACCCUGUUGAAGAUUUGCAAAAAAAAAAACUUUAAUUGUGGGAUUCUGAUAACACACAUAUAUAUACAUAUACAUAUAUAUAUAUAUAUAUAUAUAUAUAUAUAUAUAUAUUUAUAUGUAUAUAUACGUGAUUUGUAAAAAGAAAUCAAUCAGGAUCACAAGUAACCUAACGAAAAAUCAUGUUCUCUCGGGGUGCGAUUCGAUCCGAUAGACGUGAUUUUCGUGACGAUAAAAAGCCUUGUUGUCGAUAAUAAUGGGAAAAAAACAAAAACAAAGAACAAAAAAGGGAAAUAAAAAAAAAAUAAAAAAGAAGAAACAAAAGGCAUAUUGCAUUUUCUGCCACGAUGAUAAAAAAUUAUAUGCACUUUGCAUGUUCCUUACGAAUGUCACGAGUGUCAGCGAAUGAUCGUUCUGAGACGGAGAAAAAAAGAAAAAACAAGUAAUAACAUAGAAAGAAAGAAAAAAGGAAGGGAGUAAAAGAAAAAGGAAACAUAAAUAAUAACAAUAAAAACAACAAAAAGAAAAGAAAAAAAAGAAAAGAAGAAAAAAAUCGUUUCCCGGUUUUUAAAUAAUAUUCCCUAUCGCCGCGCUCCUCCUCGUCCUAUCUUGUUAGAGAUAUAACGCUCGAAUCGUUAGAUGUUAGAGUCACGAAUUCGUUUCGUCGGAUUUAUUAUCGUCUCGGAGCAAUAAUAAUAAUGUAACACGCACGAUGUCGACCAUCGUCGUCCUUGUGGUCGUCGUGGAUGAUUAUCUUAGCACGGCUCUCUUCUAACGUGUAGUAAUAAAAGAUAUGAUAAAAUAAGAUUUACCUACGAUAAUUGAAUAUCGAUUAUCCACUAGCGCCGUUUAAACUUUAUCAACUACAUUCUUUCGAAUCCGUUCGUAUGCAAUAAAGAAAGAUUUUGACUAAGAUAGAAAGAACUUGAAUAUUUCUAACCCCAUCCUCUCUCUCUCUCUCUCUCUCUCUCUCUCUCUCUCUCUCUCUCUCUCUCUCUCUCUCUCUCUCUCUCUCUCUCUCUCUAUUCAAAUUUCAUUUUCUUUUUCUCUCUCUUUUUAUUUUUUAUAUUAGCGUAUAAUCGUAUAAAUUGUACAACGUACGUACAUAUAUCGUCAUCAUCAUUCUGAAAAUUACACAGUCAACAAAGAAGAAGGAGGUAUGUAUAUAUGUAUGUAUCUAUGAAUGUAUGUAUGUAUGUAUUUACGUAUCUUGCUUAAUUACAACUAGUUGAUAGUUCUAAUCAUGAAGAUACGCAGCUAUAUUAGAUUUCUCUUCCUUUUUUCUUUUUCUUCUUUAAUGAAUUGAUUAUUGAAAUUUUAAAUAAUACCUGCGCUUGACGUCAACGACGUAAUAUUCUCAAGCAAAGUUAUUUUUUAUCCGAGGUAUUGUUGAAUCGAUUAAAUUUCGAGUUCGAUUAAAUGGUGAUACGACGACAAAGAAGCAGGUACUUAUUUUGUUAAUAAUACUAUAUUUGAUCUCACGAAGAGAUAUCGGACUCACUUGUCGAAAAAAUAUUGAUCGUUGAAAGACAAUACGACACGUGUAUUUUUCGAUAUCUUGAAUAAUCAAAAGUUAAUCGAUUUAUUUUUUGCUUUAACUUUUAAUCGCGAAUUAAAAAGAAAGAAAAAGAAAUAAAAGAAUUAAUUACGAAUACGGAUUAAUAUCAUACAAUUUUGUCGGUGAAAACUUAUGUGAUAAAAUUUGGUCGAAAAUUGGACAGAAAUAUAUAUAUAUAUAUAUAUAUAUAUAUAUAUAUAUAUAUAAUAGAUAAUAUUUUAUUAGAUCAUAUUAAAUAAUAUAUUAUUAGAUUAUAUAACUUUUGUAUACGUACAUUUCUAUGAACGCAUAUGCUCGAAUAUAUAGCUUUUAUACAUAUCGUAUACAUCGAUAACCUUAAGUAUAUAUUAUGUACUUUAGUUACUAGCAUUAUUUCUUAUCUUAGCACACUACGAAGACAAUGUUAAUUAGAUGAUAAAUAGAGGUCAACUAUUUAAAAAACACAUUCUAAAUUGCAUUUUCUUUAAAUAUUUUAAAACUAUAAUGAACGUCCUUUACUGUCACAUUAUAUAAAAUUAAGGCACGUGCAUGACCUUCAAAGAUUUCAAUGCGAAGAGGAAGAGAUAAAAAAGAAAAAAUAAAACUUCACAUACAAAAGAAACAAUGAGUAUACAAUAACGAUUAUUUUAUAAUAAACAAUGAUUCGUAAGAU